AUGCCCCCCUCUCCCUCAGCCGCUUCUGCAAUUCAGGCGGGCAAACGUCAUCCCCUGUCAAACCUCCUCACCCCGUCAUCAUCAACUCCAACCCUCGCAUCAGAGGCAGAACCAGACGCCGACUCUGCCUACGACGCAAAGCGCAGCUCCAAUCUACAUGUAACACAUCCUGCGAGCGCGUCAACACCGUACCUUGGCACACCUUCUGAAGAUGAGAAACAUGGCUUCCCCUCCCCUAAUGUAGCAAACUCAAAUUCAAACGGUGGUCUACUGGCAUGGUUGGCCGAGGAUGAGAAGAGGAGAUCCGGUGAGGCGGCUGAAAAUCGCAACCUGUCAAGCAGUUUGGGUGCUGCUAGCGGGGAGGAGGGUCGCAGAGUGGGGUACGUUGACGGGCUCAAGUUCCUUUGCGGCCUUGUCGCCAUGAAUGCUGCUUUCCUUGCCAUCACCCAAGAGGAGCCUGGCGCUGUCGUCCGUUCAAGUCCUCUCUAUGUUACAAGAUCGGCCAACAUCGCUGUACAGGGCCUAUUACUCCUCUCGGGUCGCUCUCUCCCUAUCCCUCUACCUCACGCAUCCCCUCUUCUGUCUCUCUCCCUCGUCUCACGCCCUAUUCGCUUCGUCCCUCCCGUCAUCGUUGUGCUCCUCCUUCAGUGGGGUAUGUGCGGCGGUGGGCAUACCGAGCUUAUCACGAAUGUCCUUGGCAUUGAUGGUCCACAAUGGUGUGGUGUCACCAACGUUGCGGGCUUCUUCACCCUUCUCUGGGGCCUGUUCGGCACGUACAGCUACAAUGUGGAUCUCGCCCAGGCGUUCAGCGCCAAUCUGUGGAGCGUUCCGUGGUUCUUCCAGAGCUCCUACUUCACGUACCUUCUCCACAUCGUGGUAUCCGCGCUCCCAUCGAACCGUUACUGGAUCUAUAUUGUCCUGUUCUGCUUCACCUGGGGAACGUUCUCGUACUUCACGCCAGCGCUGCUCGGUUACGUCAUCUACGACAUGUCGACCAUGUUCUUACCACGCAUCCGCCGCAUGCCCCUCGUCCAGCGUCUCCUGGUGCAGGCAACUCUCCUCGCCUUGAUCAUCAUAUUCGAGUUCAUCACACCGACAAGGAACGCUAUUGAUAUGGGGAUGGCAGCGUGGAACGUACGUAAUGUCACGCAGAUCCAAUUUGGCGACACCAUGUUCGUUACGUUGGCGCUACUAUGGGUCGAGAUCACCCCGUGGGCCCAGAUUGUGCUUGGUAACUUCCUUGUCCGUUACCUCUUCAUUUUGACGCCUGGUAUGUACCUGUUGACGCCUGCGCUGUCGUACACGCUGGUACCUUCCGUCAUGUCCCACUUUGCGCAUCCCUUCACCAAUGCUGGCGCAUUGUUUGCUGCUUGGGCUGUGCUCCUCAUCACCGUCAUCCUCCUCUCCCUCGUGUUUUACUUCCUGGUCGUAUAUCCAUCUGCCUACGCUUCUCGCUGGCUGUGCUCGUUCUUCGUGUCUUGGGGCCCGGAUGCCGAUCCUGACUCGUUUGCCGACACCACCGUACCCGCUGGCCCAACGGAGGGCAAACGCAGGAUAUACGUGGAGAAGCCAUUCCGCAGUUUCUCGCUCGUCACAUCCGCUUUCGGCACCCCAAUUGGGUCCCCUGCACCGUCAGUCAGGCGUAUGCGCAUGGACGACGCCAGCGUUCGUGGAUCACAAAUCAUCACCCCCCGCAGCCCUCGUAUUGAGAUGACCCCGCUUCACUCACCUGAAGGUGGUACUCCUCAUGGCUCCUCCGAGCAUUUGCCGUACAACAACGGUCGCAGUGCAUACGGCCACAACCGAUCAACUUCACAAGACAGCAACGGCAAGCGACCGGAAAGCUAUUACCCUCCUGCGAUGCCCAAUAGCCCAUCCGCGACGGUGCCUCCUCCCAUGCACAUGCCAUCCCAAGCGCUUUCGCCGACAUACCACAUGCCGCCCCCACCGCCUCCAAAAGGCGCUGGGAUGCCCCCAGGCCCUUACUACCGAGGUUGAGUGCAAGACUGUGCUUGGCUCAGGUUGUACAUCGGCUUUUCAUGACGGAUAUUUAACUUCUAGAGGGUGAUGCGACUCGCUGACUUCUCCUUGCUCUUCUACCUCACGGACCUUCUAUUCCUUUCCUUCUUGCAAAUUGCAACGCCUUCAACGUUUCACCCGUGGUCAUGCCCUGCUAGUCUGGAGCUGAUCAUUGACAAGUCCAGACCCGUAACACGCACACGGUCGGUUGCGCUUAGCCUUUUCUGCUGAUAUCAUGUUUUCCCGCCUGCAAUGCAUUUUAUCCUACAAUCUUUCAGUGCUGACUAUCGUUUCAUUCCCUCCUUUUCCCAAAACUAGCUGAUCUUGACCUCCCCACCCCGUCCAUGCACUCUGUAUCCUCACACAUUUCUC